AUGACACGGGAGAACCUGAUGGUAAAGAAGCGAGGCACAACAGGCACCAGAGAGACACAGACAGAAUAUGGGACUGUUGGCAGAGGAGUGGGUGACACGGAGGCGAUGCCCACUCAUGGUCCGGAAACCCGACUCGAACCCCAUGGCUAUGUGUUCCAUGCGCUAUCGGUCCCUAUAGGACUAACUUUAUCAGUACUUUUUAUCGAAAACACUGACUCCAAUUGCAUUGGACCAAACGCUUCACGGAAAAGCGUCGGGGCUCAGAAGAUCGUGCAGGCCACAGGAAUUACCGAAAUCACGACAACCGUACAGGGCUUCAAAAAACUCGAACAGUCGUAUACCUUCGCGAGGACCGCCGACAUAUGGAAUAGGACUACAGAACACAAUAUAAUGCCAAGAAUUAUGCGAAAAUACGAUGAGGAAAAGAAAUCGGCAGCUCCAAUUAAUGGCUCUACUUCUGAUCGACGAGCGAAAAGGAAGAGCGAAAGCCUAGCCCCGCCACACUCAUCUCUUCGACUCCACGUCAACCACUUCAAGCAAACGAGAAAAGGCACUCAGGCCCUCGAACCCGGUCGAACGAAUGGCGCCGAGGACGCACUGAGGCCUGUUCCCAGUGGUGUGCCACAGGGUAGUGUAUUAUCCCCCAUACUUUUCAAUAUUUAUACUCGUGAUAUUCCCCAAGUCGUUCAGCCACUAGAUGUUACUUGUAAAAUGUUUGCGGAUGAUCUGAAAUUAUACACAAGUCUUACGUCAGCUUCUAGCGCACUGACUCUUCAAACAGCUAUCGAUUCCCUGUGUCGUUGGUCCCUCGCUUGGAGCUUACCAAUAUCGGCUAGUAAAACCAAAGUGCUUCAUAUUGGGGGAAAUAAUGAAGGUGCGAAAUAUCACCUAAACGACAAUGAGUUGGCUCCUGUUACUGAAGUCAAAGAUUUAGGUUUUCUGUAUAAUGACAAACUAGAUUUCACGCAGCAUUGCAGGACGAUUAAGAAUAAGGCCACACUUCAUGUACUCAAUCUUUUUAGAUGCUUGACCACCAAGAAUCCUAAGGUUCUAUUGAAUGCGUAUAAGACUUUUGUCAGGCCCAUCGAUCGUGUUUAA